AUGGAGUUUAUGUUUAGUGAAAAGGGAACUAAGUUGUUGAUUAUUGACAAUUACAAGUUUGGAUUUCAAAAGAACCUAGCAGAUAACAUACAGAGGUGGAUAUGUACAAAACGAAAAUGUAAAGCAUACGUUAAGUUGAACGGAGAUUGUUUAUGUGAAGAAGUAUUAACACAUAACCACGAAAGAGAAGGCGAUGGACCGCCACAAGAUGCUCAAACUAAACGGUUCAUAAUUGAAAAUGGGCAUAGUAGACCUAAAGCUAAAGGGCCUUUCGCUAAAAAUUCAGACGGUAGAUCUUUUUCUGAAAAGUAUUAUUUUACAGUGUCCAAAUCUGGUUUAAAAAUCGAACGUUCGUGGCUAUGUUAUUCGACUAUACUUCAAAAAGCGUAUUGUAGGUCAUGUUGGCUAUUUGGAGAUCGCACAUCCACUGGCUUUCAAGAAAUUUGGACUACAGGAUAUUGUGAUUGGAAACACAUAGUAGAUGGUAUUAAAAGACACGAGCAAUCACACGUUCACUACAUUUCCUGUUUAGUAUAUGAAAAAUGGUUUUUAAAUAAAACAUUAAACGAAGAACUAGAACAGAAUAUAAAAAAAGAAAAAUUAUUUUGGCGUCAGGUUUUAGAGAGAAUUUUAAAUAUUACUCUUACAUUAGCUAUGCGAAGUUUACCUUUUCGCGGCCACAGAGAAAAGCUCGGUAGUGGUAAAGGAGAAAACGGCAAUUUUAUUUGUUUUAUUGAGUUACUUGCAAAAUACGACUCAGUACUAGAAAAAGUUAUUAAUCAGGAUAAUAAUAAAGUAAACUACUGUAGCCCUAAAAUUCAAAAUGAACUAAUACAGUUAAUUUCAAAUAAAGUCGAAGACGAGUUAAUACUUAAUAUUAAAGAAGCUCCUUUUGUUUCCAUUAUAAUUGAUACAACGCAAGAUAUUUCAAAGGUUGAUCAGUUAAGUGAAAUUUAUCGUUAUUGUGUUAUAGAAAAAGAUGAAUACGGAAACCCAAAAAAUGUAUGUGUUAAGGAAACUUUUUCAGCAUUUCAUGAAGUUGUUGAUAAAUCUGCCUCUUCUCUUUCUGAACUAAUAUUACAGAAUAUUGAAAAAAAGGGAUUGUCUAUCGCCAAGUGUCGUGGUCAGGGCUAUGACGGGGCUGCCAAUAUGAGUGGUAUGUAUAAUGGCCUACAAAAAAGAAUUAAAGACAUUGCGCCAAGCGCAGCUUAUGUCCAUUGCUCUGCUCAUAAUUUAAAUUUAGUUGUCAAUGAUGCUGUGAAAGAAAUAACAGAAAUGGAAAUCUUUUUUGAUGUUGUUCAACGAGUUUUUGUUUUUUUUGGGCAUAGUAUAGUAAGAUGGCGUAUAUUAUCAGAUUUAAUUAAGGAAUCGAACAGUCAAAAUGGAUUAUUAAUAAAAAAACUUAAUCCCACAAGAUGGGCUGGUCGUUAUGAAGCAGUUUUUGCGCUUAAAAUUAGAUUUGUUGAAAUUCAAAAAGCUUUAACAAAAGUUAUACUUUGCAGCUCUAAGUUAGAUGAGCGAAAUGAAGCUGAAGGGAUUAAAAAACAAAUUGAAAAUUAUAAUUUUAUUUGCACUUUAGUUUUUCAAUGUAAAAUUUUACAAAUUAUAAACCUAACUUCUAAAAUUCUCCAGUCAAAGUCAGUUGAUUUAGAUAAUGCAUCCAAUUUAUUAAAAAACUGUUAUGAACAAUUAAAAGAAUAUAGAUGUAAUUUCAAUGAUCUCUUGGAAGAAGCAAAUAUAGUUGCUAAAAGUUGGUCUAUCUCUACAGAGUUUCAAAACAAACGUCGUAAAGUUGUAAAAAGAUAUUUCGAUGAACUAUCAACAGAUUUAGAGCUUUUAAAUGAAGCUACGAAGUUGGUAAACAAAUAUGAUAAAGACAUAUCAAAAACAUUUACAAGUGAAAUUUUAGCUGUAAGAUCAACUCUUAAAAAUCAAAUAAGUCAAUUUAAUUCAACUAGAGAUCUUGCUCAACUUUUAAUGGUGAAAAAUCAUUCUUUAACAGCCAGUUUCCCAGAAGUAUGUACUGCUCUUUUAUUAUUUUUGACAAUUCCUGUUACAUCUGCAAGCGCGKWMCRGUCAUUUUCGAAACUAAAAAUUAUUAAAGGAUAUUUAAGGAGUACAAUGAUGCAAGAUCGUUUAAGUGGCCUGGCAUUAAUUUCAAUCGAACAAGAAACAGCCCGAGAAGUUGACUUUGAAAAUUUAAUCGAUAUGUUUGCCGAAGCAAAAGCAAGAAAGAAGAAAUUUUGA